AUGAAUAUUCCGAAUAAUAAUCAUUCAAAUAUAUUCAAUUUGCCCAACGAAAUAUUAUUUAUUAUUGUCAAGAAAUUAAAUAUUAGUGAUGUGAUUUAUUCACUUAUGGAUAUUAAUGAACGAUUUGUUCAAUUACUAUUUGAUCCUUUUUAUAUUCAAAAUCUUAAUCUUACGCUUAUGACUAUGAAGUCAUUUUAUCAACGUACAUUUUCUUUACAUAAACAAGUUCUGUCAAAUAUUUGUAGAAACAUUUUACCAAAAAUUCAUGAUCAAGUUAAACAACUUGUUAUUGAACAACAUUCGAUAGAACGUAUCCUUACUCACAAUUAUUCUCAACUUUAUUCAUUGUCACUUGUUAAUUUUGAAGAAGAAAUACUCUUUCGAUAUCUAACAGAUUAUUCAGCUCUUCGUGAUCUUCUUAGACAUCAAAUCACACAUCUAAAUGUUGAUAUUCAGAGUGAUGAAAUACCAAAAUUAUUAUCUGAAAUUUCAUCACAUAUAUUUACAUUGAUUUUGUUUCGAUGUCGACGAUUAAUCAAGUUGAAUUUUUGUCAAGUAUUUUCGUAUCGAAACUCAUUUAUUUCGAUUUAUAAUUUACCCAAAACAAGUUGUACAUGUUCAACUUUAAUCGAAUUAAAAAUAAAUGUUGCAUCGUUUAAUGAUUGUCUUUUUCUUCUUGAUGGACUUUUCGAUUCCUUAACAAAACUAACUAUUAAUGUGAAGAAAAUCAAAUAUGAACUUAAAACAAAUAACAAGACAAAACUUCCCAAGUUGAAAUACUUUUCAUUAGCUUCAAUUAAUUUGACGCGUGAUUUUGAUGAGUACAUUAUUCCAUUACUUCGUCGAAUGAUAAAUCUUGAAGAACUAACAUUAUUUCUAACAGUGAUAAGGACUGACUCAACUUUUAUUGAUGGUACUGAAUUAUAUGAUGAAGUACUUGUUCACAUGUCACAGCUGAGCAAAUUUGUUUUCAGUAUCAAUACAGGUGUUUUUAUUGUGAAUAAUGAAAUAGAUGAACCAUUAAAUGAAGACAUUCAAAAUAGUUUCAUUGGAAAAGAAUAUGGACGAGUUGGUUCAUAUGUACAUUUUGAACCAAGAAAGCCAACAAAUAGAAUCAUCGAUUUCGAAGAAGCAAAGGCUGUGGUCAAAUCUCAUAUAUACUCACUUCCAUAUCAAUUCAAAAGUUUUCUUCAUCUCAACAAUUCUUUUCAAGGUGGCAUGUUUGUUAAUGUUGGAUGCUUAACAAUGACUGAUUCAUUUCCUUUUGAACAUGAAUUUUUCAAAACUAUUUCUGUUAGUUUUCCUUUUAUAAAAAACUUGACGAUAUGCAAUUUGGAACCACAAAAAAAGAAGCAACAUUCUUCGACAUUGAUUAGUUUUCCUCAUCUUAAUCUUCUCAAUCUUAUUGACGCACAUGAUGAUUAUGCUGAACAGUUUCUUGUCGAUACGAAGACUCAUUUACCUUGUUUGUUGGAGCUCUGUAUCACAUAUGAAUCACUCGAAAUUGUAACAAGCAACUUCACAAAUGAUGCAACACGACUUUAUUGUUCUAAACUAAAAGGACUUCAUACAGAUAAGCCGUUUGUUCGACCAGAGCAUUUUGAUGAAUAUUUUCGUUUAUUAUUGAACAUAUCGAAAUUUUGUCGGAAUUUUUUUCUUGAAUAA